GGGGAGGGGGGGGGGGAGUUUUUAAGCCGGAUUAAAAAAGAUUCCCGCUUGGAUUUCUUCCAUUUGUGUGCAGCACAACAGCUAAACGCAGCGUCACCAUCUUGGCUCCACCAUCUGAUCCGAGUGUGCAGAUCUCAGCGUUUACAUUCGGAUUUGGAUUUGUUGGACUUGGUAUUUAGGGGGAAAUCGCAUUCAUUAUGUGAUUUGCAAAUUGCCUUUUUGAAGUCCUCCUUUUGUGACAUUUUGAGCAAAACAUGCAGGCCAGGCAGACUUCCGCCCAUGACGCAACUGCACGCAUGAUAUGAGAGUUGUACAAAUUGAGAUGAUAUUUCAACAGUCAAGAAAAACAAAGUAAACGUUCAACUGAAAAUAUGAUUGUUUUUUUGCGUCUAAGAUUUUCCCAAUUAUUUUGCCACGUUGACCAUUUUUGUGCGUGACGCGACUCGACCUCGAGUCAACUGGAGUCGCCGACUGGAUGACUCGCAAGUCGCUCGGCUAAAACUCGGGGAGAUCACGAGGCCUCGCCCGCUCACCCGAUCCCGCGCCGAGCGACCGUUUCUCGUGGGGUUCCAUCGCGUCCGAGGCCUCGGGAUCACCCGACGCUCGGAGACGGCACGGGAAACGCGUGCGCUGCAGCGACCGCCGAAAUGUUGUCAGAUGUCGGCGGACCACCGACUCGCGGACGAACGAUCCAAAUCCGAGAUCUUCCCGAAAAAUGAAAUCCCGCCAUCAAAACGACCCGGAGCCCAAAAUGAACUGGGCUUCAUUUUACGGCGUCGUCGGCGGCGUCAACAGACACUCGACGGGAAUCGGUCGCGUCUGGCUCUCGGUGCUGUUCAUUUUCCGCAUCCUGGUCCUGGCGGUGGCGGCCGAGAGCGCGUGGGGCGACGAGAAGUCGGCUUUCGCUUGCAACACCCAGCAGCCGGGCUGCGACAGCGUGUGCUACGACCACUUCUUCCCCGUCUCUCACAUCCGGCUGUGGGCCCUGCAGCUCAUCCUGGUCUCCGCUCCCGCCCUGCUGGUGGCCACGCACGUGGCCCACCGGCGCCACGUGGACCGCAGACUCCGCGAGCUGUCAGGCAAGAGCGACCCCAAAGAACUGGAGCAGCUUCGGAGCCGAAAGAUGAAAAUCACCGGCGCCCUCUGGUGGACGUACGUCAUCAGCCUGUUGUUCCGGGUGGCGUUGGAGGUGACCUUCAUGUACAUCUUCUACAUGAUCUACCCCGGUUACAAGAUGAUCCGCCUGGUCAAGUGCGACUCGUACCCGUGUCCCAACACGGUGGACUGCUUCGUGUCCCGGCCCACCGAGAAAACCGUCUUCACCGUGUUCAUGCUGGCCGCCUCGGGCGUCUGCGUGCUGCUCAACGUCGCCGAAGUCGUCUUCUUGGCGGCCAAGGGCCGCGGCGGGCAGCCGCGCGACGCCGGAGACGCGAGCGCCGGGGCUUGGCUCCAGCACAAGCUCGUUGGAGGGAAAUAAAUCGUUUUUCGACUCUCGCGCAGCUCGCGGCUAAUCGUUUGAUUCAAUUUGAUUCAAACCACGGAAGUGCAACACGCGAUGUUGUUUCCGGCGCAAUCUCAUGAGAUCCAAGAGUCCAAGAGUCACAUCGAAAUUUCUCUUCGAGUUAGUAGCACAGCGGCUCGGUUGAGCGGCAUCGCUCGCGCGAUUUCAGCCCCCCCAAAAUGUGUCUCAAACCAACCUUAAGUCCCCCGAAACAGUUUCGUAGGUCCCCAAAAAUGGACCCCUGCCCCCGUCCGCAAAAUACCGUUUUUCCACAGAUGGAAAGUCUAUCAGCACGCCCCCGUCGACAAUUUGCUUUGGGGGACGGAAAACCCGGAUCACGAUGCGAAAGAUCAGAUCACGACGGAAAACCCGGAUCACUUGCACACCACUGCAAGCUACAAUCCGAAACAAUUGUUGGACGAGUGCGGUGUUAUCGUCUUGCAAUUUUUCUCGACGGCGCGCGUCCUCAUCGGGGUCGCGGGUGAGCUGGCAACUUCGAGCGCAAGAUGGGUACACCCUGGACAGUUGAGUCUUUCAAUCAUGACCCCAACGGGCACCUUUCGCGCAAUGUGGGAGGAAGCCGGCGGAUCCAAAACGAGCUCGGAAACAACUUGCAACCUCCGCCCUCAGAACUGUCAGGCAAAUGGACAAACCGCAGCGACGCCGACCCAAAAUGAGUUUGGAUAUAGUUCUUGUUUUGGAUCUCAUGAGAUUGUGCUGCCGCGCUAUUUUAGUUUCGUGUCUGACCAAAUAAAAAAACCCUCUCCUAUCAGACCUCAUUAAGUUGAAUUCAUGUAAAUACAGACGAGCCGCUUAUUCAUUAAUAUUUUGUCAAGUAGAAAUUAUUCGUGGUGUGCAUAAAAUUAACCAAAUGAAAUAUCCAGGGGGGGGGGGGGGGGGGGACAUUAUUUAUUCUUUUUGUUGUUGUUGUCAUUUACAACACGUUAUCGUCUUUCUGCCAUGAAUUGUACGUAGUGUACUGGAAUGUAACAAAUGUCUUCUGUCUAACUGCUGAUUAAGUCGACACGAAUGCACAGCAAACACGUACAAUGCCAAACAUUCAUUUGAAAUGAAAGCCUUUUAUUCCUAUAGGGAAGGCGUUUCCAAGAUGACGCCGUAAAGCUUCCGAAGUGCGAUUGUGCAAUUUGACACGAUGCUCGUCCAUCGGGAAGCCGUGAAGUCUUCCCGAGCGGGAGGCCGAAAAAUGCCGACCGGCCUAGAUUUGCUGGCACCGCUGCCAUUUUUAGACCCGAGCCGCCACCCGUGAGCGAACGUCUCGGGCCGAUGAGCUCGCGCAGACUUUGGGGCUAUCCGUAGCCAGGCCACGGACGGGCGACCGCGGUCGACCUCGCCGACAGCCGCGCGUCUCUUUUUAUGGAAACCAGCGACACGCCGUCGGCACCGGCGCGCAGGAAACAAAAACAAAGAGAGCUUUCAUCGGGGAGGCGCUCUGGAGACUGCCAAUGAAUAAACGCGCUUGAACUGGAGAAUGUCAUUCGUGUGAAAAUUGUGCGUGAAUAGGGCCGAUGUUUCCACAGGUAAUUCAACUCAUGUCCUUCCCCCCCAUUCCAAUAAAACACACUUGAAAAUAUCAAUGAGUCCCAUCACGGAUUCUGAUGACUGAUGAACAUUUUCAUGCUUGUCAUAAUGGCGUAUCCCUUUCGGCCUCCUCCUGCUCCUCACUUUUCCUCUCG